GUCGGAGUGAGAGAGCGAGCGAGAGAGCACGGGAGCUUGAUGAGAUGAAGACGGAAGGGCCUCGCUCGGCGGGAUUGCGCUGCUUAUAGGGAGAGAGGGAAGCAGGAAAAGCGCACGGGCAGCGAGCAGAAGCAGCGCACAGCGAGGACAAUAUGCACGCUGUCACCUUCCGCCUGAAGCGAGGACAAAUGAAGCGUCUCCCGGCCUCGAAGCGCGGCAGAUCAGCUGCCUUUGCGCCAGAGUGGGCGAAGGGCUGCCAGGCACAAAGCGUCGACGAGCGAGAGGGGUGCGGCCGUGCCAGCGGUACGCGCCAGCCGGCGGGAGGCGAGGCGAGGCCGCCGGCCAGACACUCUCGGCCUGCUGUGUCGCUCGUCGCCGUGCUGGCCCGCGGGCCGCGGCUUGUCCUCGCUGUCGUGCUGGCAGCACAGCUUUGUACAGCCCAAAUCGGGACACAGCAGGCGAGCAGCGGGUGGGCGGCACCGAGGCGGCACAGAGCCUGGGUGCUGACCGGCCGGGUCCUCGUUGCCGCAGCUGCAGCGCUUGCGUGGCGGCGGGCUCGGAUCGGUCGUCUUCCCUUCGAGUGGCGGCGGGACACCACCAAGAGGGUGAGGGGAGCGCCUGCUACCGCCGCCUCCGUGGAGCUCGAGGAGCGAGAUCGAAGAUCAAGCGCUAUCAAGUCCUGUGAACAGACUCGGCGCUCGUGUGAGAUGCGAGCGUGCUCUUCUGAUGAAUUGCGCUGUUGAAUAGGGUGUUGCAAAUGCGGCUGCGGGCGUUGAGGUCUACUUCGCCUCGGGCGCGAAAGACGAUUGAGCGGCGAAGAGAUGGCCCGUGGA